UCUGGAUGAUAAAAUAACCGUUUCUUUCAGACAGAAAUAGUUUCUCAUCAAGAAAGCAACCAGGUUAAUUCCCAACAUCCACUGUGUGUAUUUGUUUUUUCUUUUAAAAACGUUAGUGUACCUGUUUGAUACAUCAUGGAGAAAAGACCAAUCAAAUUUGGGAUUAUUCUUACUUUGGCUGUUUCAGCACUCCUUUUCUUUGCUGAUGUUGUGCCUGUUGCCCGUUUACGGAGGGCAACACCCAGCAGCAGUGACAAGACCACCCCAGCUACGCUGUCCGCAUACUAUUUAUGCGUCAGAAUCACCAACCAGAUUUACACUGAGUCACUCAAUAAUCAAAGCUCUAAGGAGUACAAACAGCUGAGGAAACAGGUGGAACAGAUGAUGGAUGACGUCCACAGCGCUUUGCCAGAGUCUGACAAAUAUAUGGGUGUAUUUGAUAUAAUCUUCAGUAAUGGAUCAGUCAUUGCAAACUCGACAUUAAUGUUUGGGACUACAUUCAUGAUCAUUCCAACUUUGGUUAAAGGUCUACUUUCCACUCAUAUCCAAUCAAAUAAAUCCAAAACCCUUGACCUGGACCUCACCUAUACUGAAGGUAAAGAAGAUGGCAACCUCAUCUACUUCUGCUGUGUAGCAGCCUGGUCAACUUCCAAUAAAAGCCACACUACCUCUUGUAGCACGUACAACAGCAACCGUAACUUCCUCACCCCCAUCUACCACAAAUACCCCUGCAGCAACGACUACUACAGCUGCCUUAGUUAG